CUCAAACCGGCGGAAAAAAGCCACGAAGCCAGAACAGGUUUUUCCUCCAUGUCCUACUUAUAGCGUCGCGGUGUUCCUGAUAAAGCCCACAUAUGAAAUUAAAGCUCACACAGCCACACUGGACUGGCAAACGACGGAUACUCAAAGCAUAACACGUUUGCUUUUCCAAUAUAAAGGAUGAAUUCAAUACGACAGGUGCCUUCGCGGGUCAAAAGCAGAAGGACGGAGUCGGUUUUAGGAGCCGAGAGGGAACAUUUCGAAAAACAGCAGCUCAGCAGCAUCAGCAAGGCAAUCAAUUCCACAGAGACACCACUGAAGGAGAAGCAUGCACGCAGAAUCAUUUUGGGAACCCACAGAGAGAAAGGGGCCUAUACCUUCUGGUCAUACGCCGUUGGUCUGCCCUUGCCAAGCAGCGCCAUCCUCAGCUGGAAGUUCUGCCAUGUGUUACACAAAAUCUUGCGCGAUGGCCACCGAAAUACGUUACAAGACUGCAUGAGGCACUACAGCGACAUUGCAGAGACAGGGUUAUUAUGGACUAACACACGGGACAGACACGGAUAUGCACUGCUGGUUUCUCUAUAUGCCAAACUCCUCUGUACCAAGAUUGAGUUUCACACAAAGCAUUCUGAAAUUCCAGCCAGUCUGGAAGUCACGGAUGAACUCCUGGAGCGUACGGCUGGAACAGACAUCAAUAACGUGUUCCAGCUCACAGUAGAGGUGUUUGAUUACAUGGAUGCUGAGCUUCGAUUAGCAGAAGCAGUGCUUCACCAGCUCAACAUGUCGAUCGCCAUCUCCACACUGACGUCAGGCCAGUGUAAACUAGCACCGCUCAUCCAGGUCAUCCAGGACUGCAGUCACCUGUACCACUACACCGUCAAACUGCUCUUCAAACUGCACGCCUGUUUACCAGCAGACACACUCCAAGGACACCGUGAACGCUUCCAUGAUCAGUUCCACAGUCUCAAAACAUUCCUCAAUAAAGCACGAGACAUGUUGUACUUCAAGAGACUCAUCCAGAUACCGAGACUGCCUGAUUCUCCACCCAACUUCCUUCGAGCCUCUGCCCUGGCUGAGCAUGUGAAACCCAUGGUGGUCAUCCCAGAUGAAGAGGAGCUUGAGGAGCAGGAGGAGGAUGAACCCGAGCCUUUGAUAGACGUUAGCGAAGCACUGCCAACUGCAGCCUCUCAGCCACUACAGAGUGAUAUAUUUGAUCAGGCAUUUGGACCACCUAAAGAUGGAUUUGAUGAUAGAGACCUCCAAAUCGAACGGUUGAAACGUGAAAUCGAAUUGCUUCAAGCUGAGCUUGAGAAAAUCAAAGGAGAGGCUCAGCGAUAUAUCACGCAGCUGAAGGCACAGAUCAAUAGUCUUGAGGCGGAACUGGAGGAACAGCGUAUGCAGAAACAGCGCACCCUUGUGGAGAAUGAGCAGCUGCGCAUGGAGCUGGAGGCCACCCAUCGCCGCAACACUGAACAUGAGAGCAUGCAGACCAACUUUGUGGAGACAGAAAAACGAGCCCAAGCAACAGAACUGCGUUAUAAUAAACUGAAAGAAAAACAUGCCGAACUGGUUGCCAACCACGCUGAACUCCUUCGAAAGAGUGCAGACACGGUAAAGAUGCUGUCGGCCACGCAGCAGACUCAAGAGGAAAUUGAACGAACUAAGCAACAGUUAGCCUUCGAGGUAGACCGAGUCAAACAAGAAUCAGACAUGAAGUAUGACGAACAGAAGUUUGAAAUGGAUAAGCUGAGGAGGGAGCUUGAAGCCAAGGCUGCAGAGAUCCAAAAAGUCAGGAGUUCAUUGCAGACCUCUGAGAUGACAGGAGUGCAGAUGAACAGCUCUAUGGCUGCACUUCAGGCUGAGAAGGAAAGGCUAACACAGUCUAUGAGUAAGAAAGAUGCUGAGCUAUCUUCGCUGAAGAAGGAGUCUCAGCUGAAAGAGUCUUCUCUACAGCAGGAGCGAGACAGGACCAUCAGAGAGCUGGAGGAACUACAAGGCAAACUUAAAGAAAAGUUGAGUCGUGAAGAGCAGCUGCAGCAGAAGUUGUUAGAUGAGCAGUUCACCCUGCUGCAGGCCACAGUCACAGAGGCCGAGAACAUUAUUCAGGACGCUGUGGCUAAACUAGACGACCCCAUACACAUCAGCUGUUCCAGCUCUCCAGAUUACCUCAUCAGCCGGGCUGAGGCCACGCUGGGCUCUGUAGAGAAGGUGCAGGCAGGCCACUCUGAGUAUGUGAAGAGUAUGAAGGAUGCUGGGGGUCUGGUUAGGGCUCUCACUAUGUUUUCUCAUCUUGCUGCCGACACAAUAGUCAACGGAAGUGCGACGGCACACAUGGCCCCUACUGACCAUGCUGAUCGUUUGACUGAGCAGUGUAAGAGUUGCGCCACCCAGAGUCUGCAGUAUCUUAAGAAUCUUAAAUCCAAAGCAUCUCUAAGGGGGGCUGAUCCUACCGCCAUCCAAGCAGCGGUGCAGAAGAUUCUUAGAAUAGGCAAGGAUCUAAGGCCAAAAGGUAUAGAUGUCGGCAAGGAUGAGCUGGGAGAUAUGGUGGAUAAAGAAAUGGCUGCUACCUCUGCUGCUAUUGAGGAGGCUGUUAGGAGAAUAGAUGAAAUGAUGAGUCAGACCAGAAAAGACGCAACAGGGGUCCAGCUGGAGGUCAAUGAAAGGAUCCUGAACAGCUGCACUGACCUGAUGAAGGCCAUUCGUCUUCUGGUGUUGGCAUCCACAGACCUGCAGAAGGAGAUUGUGGAAGGUGGAAGGGGCGCAGCUUCAGUGAGAGAGUUUUAUGCGCGUAAUUCUCGCUGGACCGAGGGUCUCAUUUCUGCAUCCAAAGCUGUGGGAUGGGGGGCGACACAGAUGGUUGAUUCUGCUGAUAAAGUGGUGUUGCACACAGGGAAAUAUGAAGAGUUGAUCGUCUGCUCUCACGAGAUCGCUGCUAGUACUGCACAGCUUGUUGCAGCCUCCAAGGUGAAAGCUGACCGCGGCAGUAAAAAGCUUGGCAAUCUCCAGCAGGCCUCUCGUCAUGUUAAUGAGAUGGCUGCUAAAGUGGUGGCGUCCACCAAGACAGGGCAGGACCAGGUCGAGGAUAAGGACACCAUGGACUUCUCUGGACUUUCUCUAAUUAAGCUCAAAAAAGAAGAAAUGGAAUCACAGGUGAAGGUUUUGGAGCUUGAGACGAUGUUGGAGAAUGAGCGUCUGCGUUUGGGUGAACUCAGAAAGAAACACUAUGAAAUAGCAGGAGUUCCUGUAGAACAGCUGUCUGAAGACAAUGGCCUGAAAGCAUCUCCAGCCUCCCCAAAACCCAGCUCCAAACCCGGCCUAAUGAAGAAACCAGUUCUCGCACAAAAACCCAACAUACCACCUAAAGCCACGUUAAGGUGAGCACAUCUGGAUGGAUGUUUGAAGACUCAGUGACUGUCAAAUGGAUGUGAAUACAAAACCCAUCUCAAAUCUUCCUGUCAUGUUUCUCUUUCUUUUUUCCCCGAUGUCUGCUCACUUAAAUGUUUUAUUAUAUCUUCCGCGUGAGACCUUUGCCUUUUUCCCUCAUUUGAGAGUGCCUUAGGGGCUAUAAAUAAUGUUUAUUUUAGAUAUAGAGCCAUAGUUCUGGGUGUUCCUCGUACAUUUAUAACCCAUUUAUUUUAUAAAUAACACUAUAAGACAAAUAGUGUUUAACAUCUGGCUGAAAUGGUCAGUUUACCCUCAAAAUAAUGACCGCUAAUUGGAAAAACAUGCCUACAUUUUUGCAAAACUCCAAAGAUGCGUUUAUAUGAACAAUUCACUGUAGUCUGUUGCUGAAAUGAACACUAAUGUCAAGAAACAUUACUGUAAACUCUUCUUAAUAAGUUUGAUUACAUCACCAAUUAUUGAUUACUAAUUUAAUUUAUUAAUUUAUUUGUGCGUGUGUGUGUGUUUACUGUGAUGUUAUGUCUUCAAAACAUACCACAGUGUAUUUCUAAACCACUACAUUUUGAUAUUUACAUCACAUAAUCAUCGUUUUUUGACAAUAAACUUGAAAAAGAGAGAUCAAAUGCUUUUAGAAGCUAACUUAAAAAUCACGGCUGCUUCAGAAAACGCUUCUUUAUAUGGCUUUUUAGGUUUGGGAUAGGGUUUAGUGUAGAUUUAACUCUGCAUUUCACUUUGUAGAUGUUGUUAUAUUGGAUAUUAUCAUUUUGCAGAAAUGUCGUCAGUUUUUCCAAUGGUUAUGUUUGUAAAACGGUGUUCAUUUACGCAUCUUCAUGUUGUUUAAUACCUUGCCUUUCUUAUUUAGAACAUACAGAAGAGAUAUUUCAAACAGUUUGGAUGUCACAGACUUUAAUAGUAGAUUACACUGUAAAAAAAAAUGUUGGCAUCCAUACAAUUCAUUCAUGUUGUCCGAACGCAAAUCGAUUAAGUUAACAAAAUUAAGUGGCUUGAACAUGAAACAAUUAAGUUGUCCCAAAAAAGAAAAUCGCAAGAAUUUUAAUUUUAAAGGUGCUGUAUGUAAGUUUUAGACUCUUCUAAAGAAUAAAAAUACUUUCAUGUGUUUGCAGAUAUUUAAGAAACAUGCUCAGUGAACAUUCUUGAUUAUCUGGAAAACAGUGCUGAAGUCAGAUAUUCUGCUUUGAAAGUGUGUUACGUGCCGGAACAUCCGUCUUUGUUUUGAUCAUUUAAUCUGGCCACUGCCAGGUUAGCCAAUUAUAUUUCAGCACCCGAGUUGCCUUAGGAGAAAACAGAGUAUUUUAUUCAUUCAGUCAUGAAGGCUCUCAAAGUAUGUGUUCGUGACCGAAAUUCGACCUCCGGUGGACAGUAGCAGACUCCAAAAUGAGACUCAUAUUGAGAGUUCCACAUGAGGUUAUUAAUUAGCAAAUAAUAUAAACAUUACCAACGUAAACAUUAGGUGAGCAGGUUACAUUGUAACUCCGUGUCCUAACAACACGCUACGUGAAGAGAUUUGCAGUGAUAAAAAAUUUGGCUGUUUUGACCAGACGAAGGACCCAGAAACCCAGAAAGGACCCAUUCAGAAGCAUAGAAUAGUGCACUCACUGCACUCCAGGGAAAUAGUAAGGUUUAUAAUCUAAUUGAUACAUAUUAACCCUUUUUAACAUUAUUAAAUGUAGACGCUGAAUCACUGAUAUGUGUUGGUUUGCGUUAUUCCACAGUUCUAAAGUUCCAUUUCAAAUGGUUUAUUUUAUUUUCCAGAUCUGAGGUGAACUAUCUGCUGCUGCUUUCAGUAGUAUGACAAUAAAUGUCAGGUAAAAUGGCAUUCAAACUCACAUUAUUAGCAUUAAACAAUGAAUAAAGCACAUGAGGUGUACCUGAGGUGAUCGUUUUCAUAGUUUUCUGUUGUUCAGCUGCAAGAAAUAGAAGCCGUUUCUAUAUAUUUCAGGUGUUGAUUAGGACAAAAUGUCUUUUUAAUAUGGAAAAUAUUCUUAUGUCUUGUGCCAUUGCUUUUAUUUAAGGUUUACACGGUUUAAAUCAGCCUUAAAUCAGACUUUAGGCUCGACAGUCAGGCACAAUUCUGUUGAUGUCGUCAAUCUGGCAACCCGCGCUUGCAUGUGUUUUGAACAAGGGGUGCAAUACCUAGUUUAACCACUGGGUGUCAAACUUACAUACUGCACCUUUAAAUAAAUAGUUUGAACAAGCAGCAAAACAUAUUUUUUACAGUGUAGACACACACACAAAAACACUGCAAUAUUAUUUUUGUUUUCCAUUAAAGAAAUGCAUAGAGAUUGGGUGUUACUUUAGGGUGGGAAAAAUGAUUCUAUAAAUGAUUAUCAAGUAGUCGCGGAGGUGGACUGUCCUUAAAAGUUGGAAAAUUGGAUUUUACAUAGUUUUUUUGUGUGUGAUUAUAUAUAAAUAUCAAAAUAUUUGAUGACAAACAUAAUUAUCAUGGUUAAAAAUCCUUUUUCAGUGUCGCUGCAUAUCGACCAGGAACUGUAUAUUCAGACUCUAUUGACCUAUUCCCUUUAAAGUAGGGUGUUACCGAAAUGUCUUUUGCUUUUUACUCUGUCCUAAUAAUAAAUGUGUCGUCUAUGCAUCAACAUGUAUAUUAAUAUUAUUUUAGUCUAUCAUAUUUUAGCCAUGUUUGAAUGUCUCUUGUGAUAAACAUAAAAUAAACAAAUAUUUGGGGAAGAAA